CGUGGUUGAUUUUUAGUCUUGUUGACUUCGACUUUAAGCCCACCCUUAAUUUUUAUGCUGGAUUCGCCACUGCAUGGAAGUAUGAUUAAGUUUCACAAGGGGGAACACGGUCAUCAUCCAAUCUCCUGCCUGGAUGUUCUUUAUGAAAUUUACGCAUUACAUACGACCAUGUGAGAAUGAAUUUAUUACAGUUUUUCUCAAACAAUGUGUGCAUCAUAUUUUAGCAGAAAUGCUGUUUAGAGAACCUACAAAGCCAAUCCAUCCGCAUGUUCUUUAAUUAGUGAAAUGUUUUCUUUUAAGGAAAGGUAAAACUUUGCCAAUUUUAUAUUGAUAGGGAAGGAAUUAGUGGAAAUGUUGGCUUCUUGUUUAGUCCGUACUAUAUAAGCUCUUUCUUUUUCUUACAUAAUUAUGGAAAUGAUUAAUAUAUAUUCAGCUUUUGCCCUAAGAUACACAACCAUAAGUUUGUUCAACAAAUAAAAAAGAGACGAUUGGUGAUGGGAGAAAACCCCUAACUUUCCCUUAUUAUUAACUUUUGUUAAACCACAUAGAUUCAACCAACAAUUCUAAUGGAACAACACCAUCCGUAAUUCCGUAGUGUAACAAGAGAUCCUUCACUACGAACUAUUGUGCAUAGUAUCCAACUCCUCUAUGAAAGCAUCAUAAACCAAAAGUGAAGCCAAUAGAAAAAAAAUGAAGAUAAGCUACAUCGGGUUUGACAAUUGCUUACCACUAAAAACUUUGUCAUCGUGGCAAUGCCAAAUUAACCAACAUAAAACACUAGCUCUAGUUAAUAUCAUCUUUUUUUGACCUAGGUAUCCCUCUAAGCCAAUCACCAAAAAUAUUUUUAGCAUUACGAGGUGGAGAGUUAUUGAAAGUAAAGAACAUAUAGCUCCAAACAAAUCGAGCAAUAUAACACUCAAAGAAAAGAUGUUGGAUUGUCUCUUUUGCAAAAUAGAAAACAAUUUGUUUUGUCCUGGUUGGGACUAAAGUUUCCUUACACUUAUAAUAUACUACUACAUUCUCUACAUUUGUGCCACCAACACAGUUUGUAAUGCAUGUGUUCCCUUUUUUGCUUUUAACUACAUAUUUGGAAAAGUUACUAAAAAUAUAAUAAUAUAAAAUGAUUUUCAUGAUAAAUCUAUCGAUGCGGUUUUUAUAUAUUAAACCUAAUAUGUAUAAAGACAUAUUAUAUCACACUUAGGUGCGUUAUAAUUAAAAUGCACACAAUGUUAGUAAAUUUGUUUAUUGAGAGUGCAAUUAUCAUAAAUCCCCGUACAAAGUCUAACAGUAAAAUUUUUACUAUCAGAUAUUUGAGAAUAUAUAACGUGUAGUAAAAUAUUUACUAUGUGAGAGACGUGUUUUAUAGUUAUUACGCACCAGGAUAUUAGUACUAUUUAAGAGACGGAGCUAGUAAUGCCACACAAUCAGCAUCUUAAAAAAAGACGAAGAAGAAGAAGAAAGUUUUUAAAAAUAAGCCGGGCCAAUGCAGCACAUGUACGGAUGUACCACUAUGCACAAUAAAUAUAAGCAACUACCGGUUGGCAUGGAGAAUAUCUGAAUAUACUAGUAUUAUCGUGGGUACCCAAAUGCACAAUAAAACUGGCUAGCUAGCAACCUACCUCAAGGCUCAAGCAUCAUUAUAUUCCAAACCAUGGUUAAGGCCUACAUUGCCAUCUUCUCCAUCGCCGUUCUCUUGUUGAUUCACUUCCUCUUCCGCCGCCGCGGCAGGAGCAAUGGCAUGCCGCUGCCUCCGAGCCCUCCAGCCAUCCCGUUCUUCGGCCACCUCCACCUCAUCGACAAGCCGUUCCACGCCGCGCUGUCCCGCCUCGCCGAGCGCCACGGCCCGGUCUUCUCGCUGCGCCUCGGCUCGCGCAACGCCGUCGUGGUGUCGUCGCCGGAGUGCGCCAGGGAGUGCUUCACGGACAACGACGUGUGCUUCGCCAACCGCCCCAGGUUCCCGUCGCAGAUGCUCGCGACCUUCAAUGGCACCUCUCUAGGCAGUGCCAACUACGGCCCGCACUGGCGCAACCUCCGCCGCAUCGCCACCGUGCACCUCCUCUCCUCGCACCGCGUCAGCGGCAUGUCUGGCAUCAUCUCCGGCCAGGCGCGCCACAUGGUGCGGAGGAUGUACCGCGCCGCCACCGCCUCCGCCGCCGGCGUCGCGCGCGUCCAGCUGAAUCGGAGGCUGUUCGAGCUCUCGCUCAGCGUCCUCAUGGAAGCCAUAGCCCAGAGCAAGACGACACGUCGUGAGGCGCCGGAUGCGGACACGGACAUGUCCAUGGAGGCCCAGGAGUUGAGGCAUGUCCUCGACGAGCUCAACCCGCUUAUCGGCGCGGCCAACCUGUGGGAUUACUUGCCGGCGCUCCGGUGGUUCGACGUGUUCGGCGUGAAGCGCAAGAUCGUGGCGGCGGUGAACAGGAGGAACGCGUUCAUGCGCCGGCUGAUCGACGCGGAGCGGCAAAGGAUGGACAACAACGAUGUCGACGGCGGCGAUGAUGGCGAGAAGAAGAGCAUGAUUUCCGUGCUGCUUACUCUGCAAAAGACUCAGCCAGAGGUCUACACGGAUACUCUGAUCAUGACUCUCUGUGCGCCAUUGUUUGGUGCCGGAACAGAGACUACAUCAACCACAAUAGAGUGGGCGAUGUCACUUCUACUGAACCAUCCAGAGAUUCUAAAGAAAGCACAAGCAGAAAUAGACAUGUCCGUCGGAAACUCUCGCCUAAUCAGUGUCGUCGACGUGCAUCGUCUGGGCUAUCUCCAGUGCAUCAUCAACGAGACGCUUCGCAUGUACCCUGCAGCGCCACUUCUGCUACCUCAUGAAUCAUCUGCGGAUUGCAAAGUCGGUGGCUACCACAUCCCAAGCGGAGCGAUGUUGCUUGUCAACGUGGCUGCCAUCCAAAGAGACCCAGUGAUUUGGAAAGAGCCAAGUGAGUUCAAGCCAGAGAGGUUCGAGAAUGGCAGGUUCGAGGGAUUGUUCAUGAUACCGUUUGGGAUGGGGAGACGGAGGUGUCCCGGGGAGAUGCUGGCAUUGCAGACAAUUGGGUUAGUUUUGGGGACUAUGAUCCAGUGCUUUGAUUGGGGCAGAGUUGAUGAUGCUAUGGUUGAUAUGACACAGAGCAAUGGACUGACUAGCCUCAAGGUCAUUCCGUUGGAGGCCAUGUGCAAACCACGAGAAGCUAUGUGCGAUGUUCUUCGGAAAUUCAUGUGAAGCCAUACACGGCUGUGUAGCAGGGAAUAAAGUUCUGGUGACUAUAUACUCUCUGUCCAAACAAAACCUAAUCUUGUAUCCAAAUUUAUCUCUAGGAUUAGAUAUUUAUUGGGACAAAGGGAGUGGGAAAGACAGAAGCUAUACUUAGUCAUUUAAACAGAAGGGAAUAAGAUAGUCGUGCAGUGUUCGUCAAACAAUGUACACAUCAUUUUAGCACAAAAGCUGCUCGUGGAAGCUAUAACCACUAUCCGAAAAUAUACCUAUCUUGCUGGUUCAAAUUAGUAGCUAUA